AUGGAAAAUUUCGCAGAUGUGGACAAAAUAGUUGCCGCCAUGACAAUAAAUGUACAACUUUUUACUACAUCGGGCAAAAAUUUUAUAUUUCUAGCGCGACGAAAGCGUUUUUUGCGCUUAAAUGAGGCAUUGGAACGACUGGCAUUGAAAGGGAACAAAUACGAGCGUGAGUUAUGGAAUGCCACGAAUCGCCCGGUGCUGCCGAUCACAACGGCCUAUAGCGUCUCGUGCCAGCUGACAGUCAAUAUUUGUGUGCUUUUACCAAUUUUCAAACUACUCUUCUACUAUAUAUGGUAUAACGAAGUUGUCUUGACACUCCCGCUGCCCGGCAUAUUUCCUUAUGACUAUACCUUACCCCUCUACUACAUUUUAACCACUAUACUCACCGUUCUGCUCGUGCAACUCUGUGCGAACACCAUAACCGUUGUGGAUGGUCUGUUCGGUUGGUUCGUCUACAAUAUAUCGGCACAUCUGCAAAUCAUGCGUCUAAAGUUGGAGCAGCUUUUGCAAUUGCACGUCGAUGAUCCGAAUUUUCAUCGCGAUUUCGUCGCUCUCAUCAAUUAUCAUCGCGAAAUUAUCGACUUGGCUUUGGAGCUUGAUGCUGUCUAUGCGCCAAUCAUAUUCUUGGAGGUCACGUCUGCGUCCUUGCCAAUUUGUUUUCUUGCUUAUCAAUUGUCCUACUUAUCCGACCCAGCGAAUGUACCCUUCAUAUGUCUCCUGUUGUCGUCUAUUGUACUUCAAUUGAUGAUUUAUUGCUUUGGCGGUGAAAAGGUCCAAAAUGAGUGUGAUCAACUCUCUGAAAAUAUUUACUUGCUAAUACCAUGGCACAAGCUGCCACCGAAGCAUUCCCGUCUAUUACUUAUCCCAUUUAUUCGCUCGCAGCGUGUUUUAGUCUUGACCGGCUACUUCUUCACAGCCAAUCGUAGUCUACUUGUUUGGGUAAGUUAUAACAAAAACAGCUAAAGUUAACGAAAAUAACUGAAAUUUGAUUAUACUUCCAGAUAUUCAGAACCGCGGGCUCAUUCACUGCUAUGUUAUUUGCUCUGAAAGAAAAGGAGGU